AUGUUAUCUGAACUGCCACCAAAUAUAGUUUUAUUAUUACUACAAAUCAUUUUAGCACACCAACAGGAGUUAUGUAAAUUGGAUAAAACUUUAAAAUUGGAAUAUUUGCUGGUAGAUCCGAUCCUAGAGAAUGAAGUUCUACAAAAAUUCACUAAACAUCCCAUGUUGAAAUUGUAUUCCAGACCGACACAGAAUUUAACUUUGAGAAAAUUGAAAACUUUAGUUGCAGAAAUCUUUGAUAACGGAUUUCAAAUCAAAUAUGUUGAUGAUAAUAAUGUUGAUUUUUCAGAAUUGUCGGAUAGAUAUAAUAAAGAAACAAUACCUAAUGUGAUAUCACUUGCCAACUUUUACUACGAGUACAGAAUUAUUCAACUGGAGAAAAAACUUAUCCCCCGUGCAAAGUCCGAUCUAAUACAUAAUUUGUUACAAUCAACAGUAUAA